GGACGAGAGUUUAUGCCGCCAUGUUUAAAAACAGACAAGAUGGCGGAACUAUCGCCUGAAGAGUUCAAGAAGAGUCUCUUCACGACUUUCCGAAGUCGUGGAGUGCUAGAGGCCCUGAAGUCUCAACUUAGGAAUCGUCUAAUAAAAGAACUUCAAGAAACUGCUGGCAAGGAUGAUUUGGCAGAAUUACAUGGUCAGUCAGAAAAUACAGAGACUGUCUGUAAACUUGCUGCUAACAGCCUUGUUGCUGACCACUUAAAGAGAUGUAAUUAUGAAUAUUCUUUAUCUGUCUUCAUGCCAGAGAGUGGUUUACAAGAACAUAAGUUACUUACAAUGAGGGAUAUCCUCUUACUGCUAAAAAUUAGAGAAGGUUCUGAGCUCUACAAGAAUAUGGAAAUUGUAUUGGAUAAACAUGGAUCAUCAAAUGGUUUGUUGGUAGAAUUCUUAAGUGCCCUAGGUGUGUCGAAUGAUCAUGGAAAGUCUUCAAAAGCUGUUCAAGCUUCCUUAAAGCAACUUUCUUCAAUAGAGGAUAAACUGCAAAGUGUGGAAAGACAGUACCUCAAAAAUCUUCAGACAGAAAAUCAGAAAUGGAGUUCUCAGACUGAAAAGUGGCUGCUUGGAUUGCACAAACAAUGGGAACACGACAAGAAAAAACUGCUUGAGGAGGAGCUUGGGUACCUGAAAGCAACAGAACUUGCUCGUGUAAGGUUCGAAGAGAAGGAAAAAUAUCAAAGAGAAGUCCAAACCAUAAGAAAACAGCUUGAGGAAAAAUAUGCAGCCAAGGCAGAGAAAUUAAAAGCCGAUGAGAGAGAAAAGUUACAGUUACUGAGCACUCAACAACAGCUUCAGGAAGAAGAAGCACACGCGCAACGACAGAAACUCCUGGAAGAUAUGUUGUCUCUCAAACAACGGGAAACUGAGUUUGAUUUAAACCAUCAAAUGAAAGCAAAAACAUUGAAGCUCGAAGAAGAGAGGAUAAACGUUUUAUCUCAGGAAUUAAAAAUCAAGAAAUCUCUUUUAGAAGAUGCAGAGGCCAACUUUAAUAGAAGACUAGAUGAAGAAGUACAGAGGUACAAAUUAAAAUGUGACGAAGAAUCUCACGACAGAAGACAAACUCUAGAGCUCAGAGAAAAACGGCUACAACGAGAUUUGGAUGGUUUCGAGAGAAAGCAAGGUGUUUAUAUAAACACCUCUGACGAACUGCAGAGAACCAAAGGAAAAUUAAAAGAAUUACAAAUUCAACUUGAUGAUAACAAGACACAACUUGCUUUAGCUCUCCAGCAAAAGGAAAUGAUGAGUAUAAAGCUGAGCGAGGAUCUCGAGGCGAUCAAAGAAAGAGAUGACGCUCUUGCCAAGGAGAAUGCAAUAUUGAACAGAAACUUGUUGAAGUAUGAAGAUGAAGAGAAAGGAAACCAAAGACUAAUCAGCGAAUUAAGGGAAAAAUCAAUGGAGUCUGCUGCAGACCUACUACAUCUACGAGAUCAGUUAAAACAAAUGGAGAAAACCGCCAAGUCGAAGGAAAAGUCUUGGAAAGAUUAUAAAACAAAGAUGGAAUCCAGACUGGAUGAAGAGUGUCAGAAGCGACUUAAGUAUCAACAACUUUAUGAAGAAACGAUGAUGAGUCAGUCUGCGCUCAAUCAAGAGGUAGCCGACCUAAAACUUACUUUGCAACAAACGCAGCAAGUGCUCGAUGUGGAACUUGGCCGAAGAAGAGCAAACUCCAUCCCUUGCAUGGAGUCCAUGCCAAGCGAACUUGAGUCCCCGGCAGUAAAUACAACUCAAUGGGAAGGUGAUAGAACAUCAGUGACAGACUCGGCUAUGGACGAAACCAGUAGCACUGUGGUUAUGAUAGCCCAGAGCAAGGAACUGUUUGAUCGGCUGGAGAAGGAGGCCAAGGAGUUGGAAGAAUCCUAUCAGAAGUUCCAGUCGCGAAUCAACCAAAUGGAACUAGAUGUUCACUCAACGUCUCGUUCACCUGAUUUACAUUAUCCCACUCAAAACCUCCAUGGAAAUACGUCAUUUGAUUAAACAAAAUUAAAAUUUUUUAAAAUC